ACCGCUCCUCCUCCUCCUCCUAGAAGCUUUUCUUCUCAGCUCUGCUGCUUUCCUAGCACUGCACUGUGACUUGUAGCGGUAUAACUUUCAUUCAUUUCCUCCCCCAUCACCUUUCCCCUUUCUUCUAUUUCUAGGGUUUCUCUCCCCUUUUUCUCCUUCUGGUGUUUUGUACCCGUAGUAACCCCCACCACCAUCACACACAAAAUCAUUUCACUUUUCCCAAAGCUCCUCCCUCUUUCCCAUUUCCUGUUUUCAACCCUCACAUUUAUUCACUCAUCCUUCUCCUUAAAUCAAAAAUAAAUUAACUUCUCCAGCUGAUACUCUGCGCUGCUACUCCUAAAAUUAAUUUCCUAGUGGAUGCUACUUGUACGCACUUACAUCUGCCCAACUUGCUUAAUGAUGCUGAUGGGCGGCUUCUGGCUUUUGCGCUUUAGUUGGAUGAACAGUAAUCUUUGAGAUCGGAGUCUCCGCCAAAUCAAUUCCUUUUCUUAAUCCAAUAACCAAACCACACCGAAAAAAAAAAAAAAACAAGAAGAAAUCUUUCCCCGCACUAGAAAACUUCCAAGAUCGAACUUUUUCCCAAGCCGUUUGUGUUCAAUGUUGUUGUACCCCGCAUCAACUCAACUCCUAUGUUAAUUAAGAAUUGUUGGCAACAACAAAAACCAAACUUUCGAUUUUUGCCAACAUGCAUUUCGCUAAGCUUGAUGACUCUCCCAUGUUCCGCAAGCAGAUACAAUGCUCUGAGGAAAGUGCGGAAUCCUUGAGGGAAAGAUGUUUGAAAUUUUACAAAGGCUGUCGAAAAUACACUGAAGGACUUGGAGAGGGAUAUGAUGGGGACAUUGCUUUUGCUAGUUCCCUAGAAACUUUUGGUGGUGGGCAUAAUGAUCCCAUUAGUGUUGCCUUUGGAGGUCCUGUCAUGACAAAAUUUACUAUUGCAUUGAGGGAGAUUGGAACGUACAAGGAAGUCCUUAGGUCUCAGGUUGAGCACAUGCUAAAUGAUCGAUUGCUGCAAUUUGUCAAUAUAGAUCUGCAUGAUGUCAAGGAAGCACGGAAGCGUUUUGAUAAGGCUAGCCUUCUUUAUGAUCAGGCAAGGGAGAAGUUCUUGUCUCUUAGGAAAGGCACAAAAAGUGAUGUGGCUACUCUCUUAGAGGAGGAGCUUCAUAAUGCAAGGUCAACCUUUGAGCAGGCGCGCUUUAAUCUGGUUACUGCUCUUUCUAAUGUUGAAGCAAAGAAGAGGUUUGAAUUCUUGGAAGCAGUUAGUGGUACAAUGGAUGCCCAUCUUCGUUAUUUCAAACAGGGGUAUGAGCUAUUACAUCAGAUGGAGCCAUAUAUCAAUCAGGUCCUGACAUAUGCGCAACAAUCAAGAGAACGGUCAAACUAUGAGCAGGCAGCACUUAAUGAAAGGAUGCAAGAGUAUAAAAGACAAAUUGAUCGGGAGAGCAGGUGGUCUUCAAAUGGUUCCAACGGUUCACCUAAUGGAGAUGGUAUACAAGCCAUUGGUAGAAGUUCACACAAAAUGAUCGAGGCAGUCAUGCAAUCUGCAGCAAGGGGAAAGGUUCAAACCAUCAGACAAGGUUAUCUUUCAAAAAGGUCAUCAAACUUGAGAGGUGACUGGAAAAGAAGGUUCUUUGUCCUUGAUAGUCGAGGAAUGUUGUACUACUAUCGCAAGCAAACCAGCAAACCUUCUGGAUCUGGCAGUCAACUUUCUGCUCAGAGGAACAGUUCUGAAUUGGGUUCUGGGCUGCUGAGUCGGUGGCUUUCUUCUCAUUAUCAUGGUGGAGUGCAUGAUGAGAAAUCAGUUGCUCAUCAUACUGUCAACCUGUUGACAUCAACAAUAAAAGUUGAUGCUGACCAGUCAGACCUGAGGUUUUGCUUCAGGAUAAUUUCACCAACAAAGAACUAUACCUUGCAGGCAGAAAGUGCCCUGGAUCAGAUGGAUUGGAUUGAAAAGAUUACUGGGGUCAUUGCUUCCUUGCUGAGUUCCCAGGCUCCUGAGAGGUGUUUGCCGGCCAGUCCAAUGGGAAGUGGGCACCACCGAUCUGCCAGUGAGAGUAGUUCAUUUGAAAGCUCUGAUUUUGAUCAUGCAGCAGCGGAGGACUAUGCUUCUGAGAGGCUUGCCUCGGUGCAUCUUGAACGCCCAUUUAGAAAUUCACAACAACCUCGAUCAUGUGUGAAAAGUGAGAAGCCAAUUGAUGUGUUGCGAAAAGUAUGUGGAAAUGAUAAAUGUGCUGAUUGUGGUGCCAUUGAGCCAGAUUGGGCAUCCUUAAAUCUGGGUGUUCUUGUCUGUAUUGAGUGUUCCGGUGUUCAUCGCAAUCUUGGCGUGCACAUAUCAAAGGUGAGAUCGUUGACCCUCGAUGUGAAAGUAUGGGAACCCUCUGUUCUAACUUUAUUUCAGUCUUUGGGCAAUAGCUUUGCAAAUUCAGUUUGGGAGGAUUUGUUGCAGUCUAGGAGCAGCUUCCAGAUGGAUCUUGGGCCUACUGGGUUGUACAAGACUGAUAAACCACAAUUAAUACGCAUAAACAAGCCAAGUCCUGCCGAUUCCAUUUCAACAAAGGAGAAAUUUAUCCAUGCAAAGUACGCAGAUAAAGCUUUUGUUCAAAAGAUUAGGGACAUUCGAUUAGUUGCACAUCAAAUCUGGGAGGCAGUUCGUACUAAUGACAAGAAAGCUGUGUACCGUCUCAUUGUUAGCUCUGAAGCAGAUUUGAAUGCUGUUUGCGAGGAGGCUGUCUCUAAUUCUUCAUUGACCCUUGCCAAAGCAAUGCUGUUGCAAGAACAGAGUGGCAUUGAUCACAAGUAUAGCUACUUAGAGGCUGAGUCAUUGGGCAAGUUGUGCUCGAGUUCUUCCCACAUGGCAAGUACUAGCAGAAUCCAUAUGACCGAAGAUCUGUCUGGUUGCUCCCUGCUCCACCUUGCAUGUGAAACUGCGGACAUAGGAAUGCUGGAGCUUCUUCUGCAGUAUGGUGUGAACAUUAAUGCAUCUGAUUCAAGAGGCCAGACUGCACUUCAUCGUUGUGUAAUGAGAGGCAAAGCUCCAUUUGUCAAGCUGCUCCUUUCGAGGGGAGCUGAUCCACAGGCUCUUAAUGGAGAAGAUAAAACCCCUUUUGGGCUUGCUGUGGAAUCAAAUCUGGAUGACAAUGAGAUUCUUGCCAUGUUGUGCGAGUCGAACGGGUGAUGGUGAUAGUCUGGAGACAAAUUAAAAGUGGUGGGUUCCCAGAGACUGAAGCUAGAGGGAGAGCUCUGCCAGAGAAGAUUUUUGAAUGUUUUUUUGUAACUGUGAUCUCAUUUGUUGUAGUGUCUAUUUAACUGCACUACCAGUUCAACGGAACGCUGAUUAGUGAUUGGGGGGAGGUGGUUGAGGAGGCAGUUACUUUGGCAUGCCUGAUUGUUGCUUCGUGUUGCAAAGUUUGUAUGUAGGAUCGUAAGGUGAAGUUGUACAAAUAGGUUUUCUUUCUUCUUUUUUUUUUUUUUUUUUUUGGUUAAAGAAGAAAAAGGUAAAAAAUUAAAAAAGAAAAAGGAAUUAACUGGGGCCUGAGAGUGGAUGGUUGAGACGAGAGCUGCCCAGGGAUCAUAUUUGAAAUGUAAUGUGGAGCCACUCCUUGGGGUCUCGUCUCGUGUUCUUUUCCCUCUGGUGGGCAGUGGAGACUUAGUGUGAGAGCGUGUACAUUCAUCUGUUGAUGUUAGAAAUGGAAAGUUUGGUGUUGAUGUUAAUUUUUGUCGAACAAUAGUUCAAAGUAGGAGAAGAGCAAAGAGCAGUUUCGCUCCUGUUUUGACUUUGAGUCGGUUUGUUUAGUGUUCAUAUGGUAGCAAGUAAUUUAGCAGCCUCAGUUUUGCUUU